AUGCCAAGCGCAAGUGACAGCCACUGGCCUUGUGGGUGGCUAGAUGAUGGCGUGUCUUCAUCCAACAAUUCAACGAACUUUACAACGAAUGCGUGUCUUGAAGCUGCUUUUUCCAAUUUUAAAGUCGGAGAAAGAGCUCGUUCAAAGUUGGAAUCUAGUUCACUAAUGAAAGCCGGUUUAAAUUUAUUUACUUAUGUAACCCCAGUUGUUAUAGUGAUAGGGCUUGUCGGCAAUGGACUUUCUAUAGCGGUGUUUAGAACGUCAACAAUGAGAAAGAUGUCUGCAAGUGUUUAUCUAGCGGCCUUGGCAAUGACGGAUAUAUGUACACUGCUGGUGUAUGUACUCGUUGAAUGGCUAAGAAGAGGGCUACCAUACCUAGCCCCUGGACUGUCUGUGGGUCUGUUUGACUUAGAUGGCAUUUGUCAAAUGCUACUUUAUUUGGCGUAUAUUACAAGGUUCAUGUCAUCUUGGAUUAUUGUGACAUUUACCGCAGAGCGCGUCAGUGGCGUGUGCUAUCCCUUGCAAACAAUGCAUCGCAAGUCCAAGAGGAUUUUAGUUUGCCUUCUCGUGACAGGAGCUCUUUUCGUGAUUUACAAACCGUUUCUCAGUGGGGAAUAUAAAAUAAGCGAACGAACGUUAUGCACCUCUAACCCAGACCACAUAUUUUUAUCCUUCGUGUUGGAUACAAUAUACGUCACAAUUAUAUUUUUUCUCCCUCUUGCUAUAAUCACAACACUGAACUUACUAAUUGUACGGACUCUGUACCUUCGAAACCGACACACUAACGACCUAUUUGCAGAGAACACGAAAAUCCGUCUAGAGUUUACUAUAAUUCUGUUUGCUAUAUCAUUUUUCUACAUUACGUUUCAUAUGCCUUACUUCGUGCUGUGGUGUAAAUUACAAGUACUCAACGGACCACAUCUACCAUCCGUCCCUCGUGACAAACAUUUCUGGGAUUAUUGGAUUAGUCUCUUAAACAUAGCGAGGACAGUUUUCUAUCUCAACUACUGCUCUAACUUUUUUCUGUAUUGUAUCACAGGAACCUAUUUCCGGAAUGAACUAAGGAGACUGUUUUGUGUUCGCAAGCAAACACAUCGAGUGUUUAAGUCUCAUAUUCGAUCAAGUCAAUUUGGAUCCGUGUACCAUAGUUCAAAUACACAUGUUACUUCAUAUGCCUAA